AGUGUGUGUGCAGGGUGUGGCGGCGGCCACUGUGCGUGUGUGUGGCAAGCUCACCCACUUAUCUACCUAACACAGGGAUAUACUUGUGCAUCAUGUCUCCGGUUUUAAGUUAGCACCGCUGGGUACCCGAAGUUGCCCGUGAUCUGCUCGAAUCUGGAAAAACGCCGCAACGUCUAGAUAUAUAUACAUUAUAAUUAUAUUAUAUAUGUAUAUAGUCAACAAGUAGUGGAGCGAAGGAUUACCAUCUUCUGCUGAAGGCAAUUUGUGAUGGGCAGUGGAAGCAGGAAAGCCAUGUGAGUGAAUAAGUGUGGCGAGUGUGGGCCCCAGCAGGUGUGGGCCCCAGUGGGUGUGGGUGGUGUCUGGGUCUCUGCAGGUGUGGGCCCCAGUGGGUGUGUGGUGAGUGUGGGCCCGAGAGGGUGUGUGAAUGCGAGGCUCAGAAAGAUACAGCCCAGAGGAGUCGAGGAGAGCUUAUGGUGGCAGGGACGCAGGGCACUACAAGAGCGUCAGGAUGCGCACGGACUGGGGCAUCUACGAGGACCCAGGACACUUGCGGAAGGGUAUUUACAGCGUGAGCGACGUGGCGGGGGUAGGGGUGUACCACGACGGGGUCGACGACGCCGGGGAUGACCUGAGAGACGACAGAGGGGAAGAGAAGGUAUAUGGCUUCAGCCCCCCCACUGCCUCUCACCUCUCCACUGGUAAGUGGUCAAGCACGCACAGUUUGGCGGCAACAGCGUCGCCUGGUCGAAGUGUUCACGGUGUCAGCGCUGCCACAGGGGGUCACCGUGCGUCCCUAGGGGAGAGCCACAGGCCUGCUCAUGCUCCAUCCUACGCCAGGGACUCUCUCAAGCGACACGACUACUCCCGUCAGCACCAGGCACGAACCAACCCUCCUGAAGUCAUCUACAGGAGCACAGAGAAGCGAAACGGAGACCGUCACGUCAACGGCGGUAGCAGCAGGUCCCAACAGCAGCAACAGGGGCGAGGCUACUCCACCUCCAGUAGAGGCGAAUACAGUACACCUGCCUCCGGCUACAGGAGUUUAAGGGGCUACCCAACUGCAGCCGAUGAAUAUGAAGACAGGGAGCCACGUAGCUUUGAUACCUCUGUCCUCAGCAACGGCUACAGUACCAGGUCAUCUGACUAUGUGGCACGGAGACAGAACAGUCUAAAGCGUUCCAACAACAAAGCUUACUUCACUUCCAGUGAAAUAUACAGCAACCGACGGUCGUACCCGCCUGAGAGUCACCCCAGCAGAACCACCGUCACGAAGGGCAUACUAACCAACAGCGGCAAGUAUAGCGGGGGCAGCAGAAGUAGCAACUCCAACUACGCUGUGGACACUCGCAACAACCUCGCUGGGUACACUGACCAGAACGACCAGGCUAAGAAUAAUCUCUCAACUCUGGACACUUAUGAGAAAAGAGCUGUUUCGUAUGGAACCAGACCGUCUGUGAGUACAUCCACGAAGAGCAGCCAAACCGAAGUUUCAAUAACAAGCGACCUACAGCAGAGCAGUGACGGCAGAAGCAGCUGCAAGACCAGUCUGCAACUUCCCGAAGGUGUGAGCAGUGGCAGCAGCAGACGCAGCAGCAGUAGCACUCAGCAGGUAACUUUUAGCACUGUUGCUAGUGGCGGUGCCUCAGACAGCAGUCAGCAGGACGGGAAAGAAGACCGCUAUGACACUUUAGGUCGCAGGGACGCCGGGACCCUCAGGAAGGACCGCAAGAAGACUAAAGACGAGCAAAACCAGACCGAGGACGAUAUGAGUCAGUGGAGCGGGAGGAACGGUGGUGGGGGUGGGCAGUGGUGCCCGGGGCACGAGCAAUGCCACGACGAGGCUGGUUUCUCUAACUCCCAACAUGCCCAACACAACCACCCCCGCGGCCAGCCCCUACCACGCCCACCCUUGCCGCCCCAGCACUACCCUGGCCACGAUGGUGAACCACAACCCCCGCCCGAUCACACUCACUACACACAGCAGCAACACAAUCACGCCUACCACAACCACGGUCAUAACCACGUCCAUCACAGGCACCAGUCUUCAGGAAGCAGCCAAGCACUUGUGCGUUCAGACACUGCUGACGGGUACAGUACAAUGAGUCGGUGCCACUACUGGUGGAUGCGGCUUGGGGUGGUGUGUGACUGCGGCUACUGCUGUUACUACUGCUGCUGCUGCUGCUUCUGUUGUGGGGGUCGCAAGUGCCGUGAUUGUAUGACCCGGGUGCCGUAUGCCACACUUAUCGCUACAGUCAUGUGCUGUGUGGGUGUGGGUGUGUUCUGCGGCACCAUGUACAGAGGUACCACGCUCACUCUACGGCUUUUCGAAGAUGUCUUCAAGCUCCACAUAAAGUGGGACCGAGAAUACAGGGUGGAGCCUGUUCAGCUAACAUUCAUGGUAGUUGGAGCAGGCAUGGGUGGUCUAGGAUUAAUGAUCCUGUUUGUAGGAUGCCUCUCUACUGGGGACACUAGAAACAAGGUCUACAGAACAUGGCGAGGAAGAGUUGGUGGCAGGAUUUCAUGUGCAAUUUUUAUGGGCAUCACAUACCUGCUGUCACUGGCAUGGCUGUUGAUGUUUGCUGCACUCAUCAUUGUGACACUCUUCUACACACUUGCGUGGUUCCAAUGUCAACACAUCCCUCAGAAUGAAUGUAUAGAAUACAACCAGUUUAGUUUUCUCUUCCCUGCUGGAACACCUGAGGAGGAUAAGAGAGUAUGUCCUGGCGAAAGGAAGUUGUUCUGCAAAGACUAUGUAAAUAAUGCUGAAAUUAUGUUUAUUUUGGCAUCAGUUUCAGCAUUCUUGGUUAUUCUCUCUCUGGUGCACUAUCUGAUGUGUCUAGCUGCAAAUUAUGCACAUAUAAAGGAUCAAGAGAAAUUUAUGGACCUUCAGGAAAUUCAGUUCCUUCACGAGUCGGAAAUGUCAACACUUCCCAAAGAUCGCUUCUAGGAUACUGCCCAAGGGAUUUUUUGGCGCAACAACCAGCAUAGUCGAUACUUUCAAACAGUUGCCUGAUUAGACUGCAAAUAAAAAAAAAGCCUGGAGAGUUCAGUCACAAAAGUACAUACUUUAUAUUAACUUUAGAGAAAUCCUUUUCCAUUGAUUUUGUUGAACUAUUACUAAUAUAAAUGGUUAUUAUUCUUCAAAGAGACUAAAGGUAUUCAUGAACUCUCCAGAGACAAAUUUGCCUUCUCAGCUGGCUGGGAGUUUGUUGGCCUCAUUAAGAAAGCCAAUAACAAGUAUGAGUUUCUAGUGCUCAAGGGCAAACCUUAUGCACAUGGAAGUGCAUUGGUUGGUUGUAUGAUGAGUGCCUGCAUACUUAUAAGCAUUUUCUUAAAUGAGGCUGGGUAUCUUCAAUCAUGAGGCAACUUGAAAACAGUAACUGGCCUUCUUGCUAUACUAAUAAAGACUGGGGACCACUCAAGAUAGAGACCUUGUUAAUAUUUUUACUGCUCAAUAUCCAUCUAACAUAGUUAUUGGAGGUGCCAUUACUUUAUCAGCCUCUGGUUGAAGACAUUUGAGGUUAAGGGCAGAAAGGUAGUUUGCUUAUAUUGUGCUUUUUGUUGUGUAGCUUAACUUUCCACUGCAGUAAGUUUGAAGAAAUUACUAAGGUCUCAGGUGUGGGGAAACUGUAUUUAAUGAGGGGUAAACUAUUCCAGUGAAAAGUUUUUUGUGAUGUGCAUUGGUACUGUCUAGCAUAAUUUAGUGGUUUCUUUGUAGACAUUAGUUUUCUUAACAUGUAUUUUUGUUAAUACUCAAGUCAGUUGUAAGAUAUAAUUGUUUUACUGUUUUAGUACUAUGAUUUUUUUUAAAUUAAAAAUAUCAAAAUAAGAUUAGCUAAGACUACAACCCUUCCUUAAACUUUAGUAUUAAAAAUAGCUUUAUCCUGUUGUAUAUGGAGAGUGUCUCACUCCUUAGUUUUUUUUUUAAUCAAUUAAUGAUACUAAUUUUCUUAAUUGAACUAACUUGCAUAGAUAUUUAUUUUUAACUGCAAAGCCUUGAUAGCAGCCACUGCUUAUUGUUGACUAAUCAUUACUAACCCUAAAAUAAAAAAAAAAUGCAGAUUGAUCUCCCUGCCCUUUCUAGCCUCAUGUGUAUGCUUCAAAGGAUCCCUUGGGUAAAUUUUACAUGUGGAUUACAAUAGAUCUCUUGGGCCUACUGUAGUCCAGUGGAAAAAUUUACAAUAGCCAUUAAACUAAGGAUUGACAAUCUUCAUUGAAUAUUGUGUAAAAUUGUUAAAGUUGUAAUUAACUGUUAUGUUUUCCAUAGUUAUCCACUUAUGUGUUUUGUACCUUUUUUGAGAACAUAAGGAUAAUGUUGAGGUGGCUGAGGUACAAUUCCUCAGGGUAUGUAGAGUAUUUAAAUCAUUGAUAGCCCAUCUAGUUUGCUACUUGUAGUUAUUCCUGUAUCCUUCCCUAGCCUUAGCCUACCAACAGCUCAACUGUUCACUGUGAAGCUGUUAUUAACAAGAAGCAACAUAUCAUCUUUUCUGUUAUAACAAGUAGUAUGCAUACUUGAGAUGUAUUAUUCAGCAAGUGUGGAAAAACAUUGUUACAUUUACAUUGCUAUACUUUGUAGUAACAUUAAUAUUCUAAAAACAUUUCCCAUGAUGGGGUAAGCUCUUGCUCAUCAAACUAAUACCUGGUUCCUAUUUUCAGUUAGUUAUGUUCCACUCUUGCUGAAUAUUCAUAAACUUGGCCUAGGAUAAUAAACCUCUCACAUUUGUAUGGAAGGAUGCUAUAUCUGAUUAACAAUGCAUCAGUAUUUAUCCUGGUGCUGUUGUGUGCAUGUUAUGUUGUGAAGAGUUCCUAAGUGGAAAUAUUUUGUAGCUUGAAAUGAAAUGCAGUAUAUAAAUUUUUUUUGCUUAAUAUUGUAUUGUACUGAGGAAAUACCCUACAUAACUAUUUGCUAUUGAUUCAAUAUUCAACAUACUUUUUAUGUUUAUAUGAUGAUGACUGAAUCCAGUUAAUGUGCCCUUAUUCAGUGCAUGCCUUUAAAUACUAAAGAUCCUAAUUCUUUAGUCAUUGUGCAAGAGUGGCACCUCUGCAGUCACAGUAAUCUGAUUUUUUUGUGUGUAUAUUUUGUAUGAAGAAUAUGAUAUCUAACAUAUUCUGUUGUAAAAAAAAAAAUAAAAUUUUAUACAAUAAA